AUGAAUCAUGUGAUAGAUGUUCUUUCAAAAUAUAUUUUCAUUUUUGUAUUUUGUGAUAGAUCCAUGUACAAGACACUAACCUCUUUUCAAACUUUUCGUGUUGAUGGAGGACAUGGUACUAUCUUACAUAAUGCAGUGGCUCAAGAUGACUUUGGGGUGCUUGGGGUGUUGACAUACAUACCCAACAUUCAAACAAGGAAAAAAGAUGACGAGAAGCAGCAGAAGAUGCCUGAACUAAAUCAGUUAUACAUAAUGCAAUGGCUCAAGAUGUCCAAAGUUAUAUGUCAUAAUCCACUUGUAGGUGGUGAUUACUGUGAACAAAAUCAGUGGAUGAGAUGUUCGUCUCAAUGGGUUUAUGAAGAUGGUAGUGCUGUUUAAACAGGGAAGAAGAACAAGUCUGUGUUGCAGCUGAAUUGAAAUGACAAUGGUGUUGAUGU